UGCCUUGAGAUGCCCUGCAGCAGGAUCUGUUCCAUCACUUUUCCAGGGAUGGAGGUGAGGCUGGCUGCUCUGUAGUUCCCUGGAACCUCUUUCUUGCCCUUUUUGAAGACUGGAAUGCCAUUGGCUCUCCUCCGGCCCUCAGGCACCUCUCCUGUCUGCCACCAGUUGGCAAUGAUGAUGGAGAGUGGCAGAGCGAUAACAUCAGGCAGUUCUCUCAGCACCCUUGGGUGCAUCUCAUCGGGGCCCACGGACUUGUUAAUCUCCAGUACAUCCCUGUCCUUCUUGAACUGAGGAGGACAGAACUGGCUGUAGCCUCACCAGGGCAGAGCAGAGCAGCAGGAGAACCUCCCUGGACCUGGCAUGUGUGUAGAUGGUCCCCUCUGGCGCUUGGCCAUGAAGAUGCCCAAUGGGAGGAGGUGUAGUCAGCACAAGAAGUGCAUGAACCUGAUGGAGAGGGUCCAGGUGAGGGCCAUGAAGAUGAUGGGGGGCUGGAGCAGCUCUCUGCUUCCACGGACAGGCUGUGGGAGCUGGGGUUGUUCAUGCAGAGGGUUGCAGGGAGGGCUAGCAGCAGCCUGCCAGUACCUGAAGGGGACCCCAAGAAGGCUGCAGAGAGACUGUUUGCAAAGGCCUGAGGGACAGGAUGAGGGCAAUGGUUUGGAAUGAGAGCAGAGCAGGUUUAGGUUGGGUGUGAGGAACAAGUUCUGUGCCAUGAGGCUGCUGGAACACUGCAGCAGGUUGCCCAGGGAGGAAGCUGAGGCAUCGUUCAUGAAGUUAUUGAAGGUGAGGCUGGAGAAGGCUCUGAGCAACCUGCUGUAGCGGAGGACGUCCCUGCUGCAUGCAGGGGGGGUUGGACCGGAUGACCUUUUAGAAGUCCCUGCUGACCCAAACCGUUCUUAAGCACGAUCCAAGUGAGGCUGGACGAGGCUCUCAGCCGCCUGCUCUAACAGAGGAUGUUCCUGCUGCUAGCAGGGGCUUGGCCGGCAUGACCUCUCGUGGUCCCUUCCAACCCAACGCAUACUAUCGUUCAUCCCCUCCCUCUGCCCGCGCUGCAGUGCCAAAAAGCCGCUGUCCCCGUCGGCCGGGGGCCGGUGCAGCGCUGCCCCAAGCACCGCCGCCAGCCGGGCUGCGUUCAGCUCUGCGUCCGGCGCUGCCCUCACCAAAGAUGGCGGCCCCAUAGCGCGGCCUCGGCCCUGCCAGGGCGGAAGUCGCGCGGGGCGGCGUCACGGCGCCGCUGGUUCCGGGUUCGCCGCUCCGGAAGCGCUCCCCCGUUCAAAGAGUGGCGGGGCUGGGAGGCCUGCGGGCGGCGGCGGCUCGGGCCCGGCGGUGCGCAGCGCAGCGGGGCCGGGCCUGGGGAGGCUUGUGGCGAGGGAGAGCCCCCGCAGAGAAGCGGCACGAAUCGGAGGAGCGAGUCCUGGUGAGAAGUUCUGUCAACUUUGAAUGGAAGCUGAAAUGGGGGUUUUGAGCUGCAGACUGCUGUACAUUUGAAUGCUUCUGACCCUAGUGUAACUUAACAUAGAUGAAGAGUUUGGAGCUCUGUGAAGUCAUCUUCUUUCCUUCCUGAGGAAAGGACUUUCCAAGUAGAAGCUAUCUUUGAGUCUGCCAAAGAAUUCCACUGCAGUUCAAUAACCAUGGGGCCGUUGAAAAAUGAAAAGGAAGAGGGGAGUGUAAUCUUGAUCAGUGAUGAUGAAGCUGAGAGCACACUUGAGAGCUCAGUUCUGUUAGUGGACUCCUUGGAGAAAUCUUCCCUGGAAGAGCAGAAAUCUGAAGUUGUGGAUGAGGAAUGUGAACUGGUGGUUACCUUCUGCAAACAAGCAAAAGUGAUGCCUCAUGCAAGAUAUGACUGUACCAUCCACCCCUUUGAGCGAGCAGAAUGUGAUACUUGCUUACCCCUUGGGAAAAAUGCUGAUAUUUGUAACCAGUGCUACUGCUACAUUUGUGACAAACUGGCUUCUGAGUGCCAGAACUGGACAGUCACUUCCAUCUGUCACUGCAAUGCACACAACAAAAGCAAGUUCUGGAAGGACCAACGUGACUUUGCCUUGGCUGGUGUUCUGGUCAUGUUCAACUUGGAGCUCACAGAGAUCGACGCAGAGCUUCGGCACGGCGGAAAUCUUCUAAUCAAGUUCAUCCAGGAGCUUUCUAUGGAAUAUAAUAAGUAUCUGGUUGGAGAAAGAGUGUCUCUCACACAUGAAUGCUUCUGCCUCCCUAAACUGCCUCCUGGGAAAUGCAGCAUCUGCAGGUCGCGCAACACAGAGGUUGUGUACAGGUAUUCUGGAGUCUUUACACUGGUAUCAAGAUUUUUAAGCCAGGCAGAAAAAGAGAGUCCUAAAGCUGCUGCUGUCAUGCUUCUGGGAGCAGCUAAAGAGAUAACAAGUCAUAAAGACCCUGCUUCAAACUGCCAGAACCUUCAUCUUCCUGAUUCAUUAAAGGUUGCUGUCCCUUGUCUGUUGCAGAGAAUCACAACCAAACUUCAGAAGAUGCUGGUGCUGUGUGACUUCCCAAAAACUUUGUAUGAGAAGUUUGUUAGUUUCUUUCAGUACAUCUCACUUCCCUGUCACUGUUUUGGCUUCUCCAAUAGCUUGAAUGUCAUUCCAUGGGACCAUGUUUCACUGACCACAGUUUUAAAAGGCCAGAACAUCACUGGUCAGAGAACACAGAAAGGAAGAAAAAUGUUCCUGUGGGAAACACUUCCUGUUAUAGAGGCUCGAGUGGAGAAACUGGUAGAGAAAAAGAACUAUAAAGAAGUUGUUCGCUACCUGAGAGCUGUGAAGUGCAAUGACACCAGAGGGCUGAGAGACCUCCGAGAUAAAAUCCCCUUCUACUUGUGUAAAACUGGAGACUUCCUGGAUGCUGCACACUCACUGCUCUUCCCUGUCAACAGCCUGGCCUGCUGCACUGCCUGCAGGAUCACACAGCACCAGUUUGACAUCUACCUGAAGAUUUUCAAGACAGGCAGUGUCCCUGCUGGCAAUGAUAUCGUAGACUCUGGACUCUGGACUGCAGUUGGCCCUCCUUUGAAAGAUGGUGUUCUAAUUAAGCAGGCUCUGAAACUCCUCUACAGCAACAUGUUACUCUACAGGAAUCCUAAAUGUUGGAGUUCCCUCAUCAUGACUUUGGGGAGUAGCAGUGUGCUGGAGAAGAAUGGACGCCUGCAUCCCAUGUGCCUGAAAGAACCCCCACUUGACUUCCAAGAGGGAGUCCUGGCUGUCAGCGGUGGCCUUUUGGAGGAGCUGAAAGCAAAAGUGAAUGUUUCUUUACUUCCUGCUGUCUUCUCUCCUCAUCUGCACCAUGAGGCUUGUCUUAUUCUCGCAGUGCAGGCAGUACAACAGAUGCUCUUUUGUGAUCUUCCAUACUUGACUUCCUUCUUAGAGAUAGUCCUGGCUUUUGGGAAAAACUUCUGGGCUCUGAGGCUGUUACUGGACCACCUUUCCUACGAAGAACACAUUCUCCAUGGCACUGUCAACCUGAUUUUAGGAGAUCUAAAUAUUCAGAAAGCAUCAAUGUUAAAACUGUGGCAAAACCUGGGUCCCCAGUACGUGGGUGAAUUCCUUUGCCUGUUCCUGACAUGCAGACAUAAGAAGAUGCAAUCUGUUGGCCUGUUUGCUCUCAACCUUAUCAUAGAGAACCUCCACAUGUGUCCGUGGGCAAAGCAUCUUUCAAACUUCUUUCACAACGCAGGCUUGAGGAACCUGCCCCUUGGCACCGCAGCUCAUCGGGAAAUCUCCAAGUUCAUGAACAUCUUUCAACAACAGUAGAUUGGGCCAAAUCUUCAGGAAUAGUUUCUUUUCUUUUACCCUUGAGAAAUCUCUUCCUUCUGCUUUAGUUGUCAUCUCCAAAAACCACCCAGUUAGAAACAGACUUCAGGCAAAUCCCAGAUGAGCUCCUAGGCGAAGGUGGUGACCUAUGGCUGUGUUUCAGCAGAUGUGUGUUGGAAAUUCCUCGAGGUCCUUGGAUGAAGAGGUGGUUUCAAGAGACAGCAGGGUCACUUGCUGUUUGAAAAGCCAAUCUGGAGAUGCAGACUGAGGAGACAGAACCAUGGAUGAAAUGAGAAGCUCCACAGUUCUACGUCUCUCUCUACAGGUGUACAACAGCCUGAAUGAAAAAGCUGCUUGCACACCUCUUUCUGUGGAGUAAGGACAGAAAAGAAACCACUCUUGAAGCUGAAGAAAUGGGACUGAAAGCUUUCUUCCUUGCUUGAAAAAAAGCAGAUACAUGAAUUAAUGCAGCAAACUGCAUCUUUGGCUUUGUAAAUAAAAAGAACAUCUCAUUUUCCAUUUUCCAAUUGGCUUUUGGAUUUAUUUCCUGCAACAGGAGACUCUUAGACUGGUGCUGGGAGCUCUCUGAGCCUCUCAAAUCUUGGUUGGAGCAGUGUGGAAGAUAACUUUGGGGCUGUUGGAGGGAGAAGUAUUUCUAGCCUGGUUGUUACUCAUCGUUGCCCCACUGUGAUACCCAUCUGCAUUGGUUUGGCACUCAAGUAGGGGGAAAUAUUAAUAUGUGGUUAAUUGUAUUUUGCACAUUUAGGGCUUUUAGUGGCUUGCAGCUUUUCUCCUAAAUAAGCUAUGUUGUUAUUCCAGUUUCUCUGCAGAACUGUGCCUGUAUAUAAAUCAACACAUUAAAACUCCACAGACUUUC